AGGAUGGCAUCACCGCGAAAAAUUUUACGCUAUUCUAUGCCAAGCAAUGAAAAUGAGAAAGGUAAAACCUGCUCCGAGGUUUUAGAAGAGCUCAAAAAAACGUCGGAAACUCUAAAACAAGAGAAUGCAGUUAUUCGUGAAACUCUAAAACAGGAGAAUGCAGAUAUUCGUGAUCAAUUGAAAGCAGUGGUCCAAAUUUUAGCGGAUCAAACUGUUUUAAUAAAGCAGCUGGUAAAGGAGAAGGGGGAAUUGAAUCCCAUUCGGGGAAAGUUCCCAAUAAAACGUGAGGAAGAGCUUAUAGAACUGGAAGAAAAAAUAAAAUUAAAUAGGGACACUUAUGUAAGUAAAUCUAAACUCUAA